AUGCAGCCGCCGGCAGCCCUUCACCUGGGCAUCCCCUUUCCUUCUGAGGAGAAUCAGAGCACCAGGGCUCUCCCCAGGAGAUUCCCACAGCUGAACAGCAACCAUUCCUACUUGCCCACCUUCGUCCUGCUGGGCAUCCCUGGGCUGGAGAGUGCCCACGCCUGGCUCUCUGUCCCCUUCUGCCUGGGCUACCUGAUCGCCCUCCUGGGGAACAGCACCAUCCUCCUGUUGGUGAUGACGGAGGCCAGCCUCCACCAGCCCAUGUUCUACUUCCUGGCAGUGCUCUCCGCCAUCGACCUGGGCCUGUCCUCUUCCACCCUGCCCAAGAUGCUGGCCCUCUUCUGGUUCGGCCAUGGGGAGAUCAGCUUCGGGGGCUGCCUGGCCCAGAUGUUCUUCCUCCACACCCUCACGGGCAUGGAGUCUGUCGUCCUGACCUGCAUGGCGCUGGACAGAUACGUGGCCAUCUGCCACCCCUUGAGAUACACCACCAUCUUGACCAAGAGCCACGUAGCCCGGCUGUGCUCUGUGGUGGUGCUGAGACCUUUUGUCCUUGUGUUCCCCAUCGCUCUGCUGACCCAGCGCUUGCCUUUCUGCAGUCCUCGGAUCAACGUUGCCCACACUUACUGCGAGCACAUGGGCAUUGCCAAGCUGGCCUGUGCCGACAUCAGGAUUAAUAUGAUCUACGGCUUGUUUGCUAUUUCCUUCCUACUGGUGGACGUGCUCCUGAUUCUGCUGUCCUACGUGCAAAUCCUCCGCGCUGUUUUCCGGCUGCCCUCCAAGGAGGCCCAGCGGAAAUCUCUGGGGACCUGCGGCUCUCACGUGGCUGUGAUUUUUGUGUUCUACACUCCAGCUUUCUUCUCCUUCCUCACCCACCGCUUUGGGCGAAACAUCCCCCAUUAUGCCCACAUCCUCAUUGCCAAUCUCUACGUGAUUUUGCCCCCGGUGCUCAACCCCGUCAUUUAUGGGGUGAGGACCAAAGAGAUCCGCAGGAGAAUCGUCCAGGCUUUAUGGCACAAAGGGCAGGCUUUCUUCUAG